UGAUUAGUAAUAUACUGAAUAUAAGUUCUGUCCCACCAAAUGUUUACUCAAUACUCUUCUGUUCAAAAUCAUGGAUGAAAGUUGGUGUGAUUCAUGUUUAAUAUGUGGCCAGAGAUAUUUUUCUGAAGAUGAAAUGACAAAGCACAUUGAAUUGGAUCAUGCAACUUGCAAUAGGGAAAAUGAUAUUGACAAAUCAAAAUGUCCAUUUUGUACAUACGUGGUUUCCAAUAAAGAUGAAAACAAGAUGGAAACCCAUGUAAUGGAUGUUCACAAGGAGGAAAUGCGUACACCAAAGAAAGAUGAGUGUGGAGCAUCAUCAGGGAGUGAGGUUAAUGGAGAAUGUAGUAACAAUGUUGAUUCAUCUCAAUCAGAAGUAUUAAGUUGUCCUGUUUGUCAAUUAACUGGAUUUGACAAUGUUGACAAACUAACUUUUCAUACAGAGUCUCAUUUUAUUGACAAUGAACAGGGACAUAUGUCAGUAAAAUCUGAUUACACACAAGAUGAGCUGUUGGCUAUAAAGUUACAAGAGCAAGAAAGAUUCGAACUACAAGCCAGUCGAGACGUUGCGGAAAACUUAUAUUUUGAAGAAUUAAGGAGUAAAUAUGGAAUGGGCAAAGAACACCAAAGGACUGGUUUCCGGAAUCAAGCGUUUAAAAAUAUGGAUAAACAAGUUGGAAGAGCAUCAUCAUCAUGUUUUGAUUAUUACAGUGACAAAUUUAACAUGCUUGAAAAAUUGGAAAUGGGAAUUGAUGAUGGUAUGACAAUUCGCUCUGAUGUUCAUGGGCUAUUAAAAACACAUUUAGAAAAAACUGUGAAACCUGGUACAAGAACUUGGCUGGCAUCAUCUACUCAUUUUAUUGGUCGAGGGCCUGGCGAUUCUGGUUGGGGUUGUGGUUACAGGAACAUUCAAAUGAUAAUUUCAAAUUUAAAUGAAAACUGCGACUACAAAGACUUGAUGAAGAAAAAAUUUGAUGGAAACAUACCUUCAAUUCCAAAACUCCAGGAAUUGAUUGAAUCAGCUUGGUCAGAAGGUUUUGAUGCAAGAGGUCGAGAACAACUUGAAUCUAAAGUGGUUGGAACAAGAAAAUGGAUCGGAGCAACAGAAGCAUUUGCAUUUCUUUCCAGCAUCGGUCUACAUUGCAGAAUAAUUGAUUUUCCAAGACCAUCAGGACCAAAACAGAGUCAUCCCUUAUUUUUGAACUGGAUCAUCCAAUACUUUGACUGUGAAAAUAUCAGCGACAGCGAUCGCAUUAUUGUGACUUCAAAACCACCAUUAUAUCUUCAACACGAAGGCCAUAGCAGAUCAAUUAUUGGUAUCCAAUGCGAGGAUUCUUCAAAUCAAAAAUUCAAAUUGAUUCCAGUGAAAAUUUUAAUAUUUGAUCCAGGAGAUUCAAAGUUUCAGUUAAAGAAUAAGGGCAAGAAAGUGAAAAAAUCUUCACAAGGAUCAAUGAAUCUUAACAGAUUCAUCAAACCAAUUUCCUGUCUAAACAAAGACCAAUAUCAAAUAGUUUGUGUGGAAGGAAUCGCAACGCAACAAAGGCUUCAACAACAAAAGAAUCCUGAUUCUGUUUGUGAAAAAUUUCAAUGAAAAUUCUUGUAAUUUAGGGGGAACAGUGUUUUUUUACUUAUAUUGCACAUAGUAAUUAUAAAUUACUGUGUUAUUUAGCUGAAUAAAGGGAUUGAAACACUUUUUGCUUUACCAUGCAUGACCCAUACAUUGUGAAUUCUUUUUUUUCCUUUUAUUAGAUAACUAGGAUAUCUCCAAUUUCCAAUAUAUUCAUAUUUUUUCGGA